AUGUCUUACCAUAGCAACCCCAACAGCGCUCUCCCCUCACCCAGCCAUUUCGAUCACCCAGGCGCCGUGGAACUUGAACCGUUCCCACAAUACCUUCCUCUCCGCCCAGAAAUACCCCUAUUCUGGUGUCGAAGACCCGUCCAGAUCACGUUCGGCAUCAUCCUCUUCCUAGCCAUACUCAUCGGCGCGGUCGUCGCAUCGAUGUUCACCGGGAAGUCGCUGCGAACCGCGCACUACAUCAAGCAUCCCGAAUCUCCGGAGACGAUUGUAAUGCCUACAAUGAAGGUUACAAGUAAUGUGACGCGAGUACAACGAACGUUACAUUUAGGAUCAAAGGUCAAGGUAGUGCGGGCAAGCGGCAUGCAGGUUGCGGAAGGCGUUGGCCCCUCUCAACCCAAGGCCAAGGUACCGCGAGUACAGGUUGCUGAAGGCGGACAAAGAGCUGAACCCUUAGAGCCAAAGGCUACAGGUGCAAGGACGAGCGAAGUACAGGCUUGGAAAGCCCCAGUAGCGCGACUGUGGUAG